AUGUUCAGAAGGUUCCGUCAAACAUCCUCAAGGCAAAUUGGGUUUGCCUUCGACAUAGAUGGUGUGUUAUUAAGAGGUAAAACUCCCAUCCCAGGAGCCUCAGAUGCAUUAAAAUUAUUGACUAAAUCUAAGAUACCAUAUAUUUUAUUGACGAAUGGCGGUGGUACCACUGAACGUGAGCGAGUUCAAUUUAUUUCUAAAACACUGAAUACGGAAAUAUCUCCAGAACAAAUAGUCUUAAGUCAUUCACCUUAUAAAGGUUUAGUUAAUAAAUUUGAAAGAAUCUUGGCAGUGGGCACACCUUCCGUCAGACAUGUAGCUGAAAGAUAUGGGUUUAAAGAUGUCAUACAUCAAACUGAUAUCAUUAGAUAUAAUAGAUCAAUUACACCGUUUAGUGGGUUAUCGGAUGCACAAUUGAAUGAAUAUUCUCGAGAAAUUUCUAAUUUGGAUAGUAAAAAAUUCGACGCAGUGUUAGUUUUCAAUGAUCCUCAUGACUGGGCAGCAGAUCUUCAAAUUAUUUCAGAUAUAAUUAAUUCUGAAAAUGGUAUGUUAAAUACUUUAAGAAUUGAAAAAUCGGGAACUCCAUCAGUACCGAUAUUUUUUUCUAACCAAGAUUUAUUAUGGGCUAAUCCAUAUUCAUUGAAUAGAUUUGGUCAAGGUGCAUUCCGUCAAUUAGUUCAUAAAUUAUAUGCAGAAAUGAAUGAUCAAAAAACGUUAGAAGAUACUACCAUUGGUAAGCCAACGAAAUUCACUUACGAUUUCGCUCAUGAUGUUUUAGUAAAUUGGAGACAUAAGUUAUUAUUAUCAACUAGGGAACCUAUUAAGGUCGCACAGGGUCCCUCACCAUUCAAUAAGGUAUUUAUGGUUGGUGAUAAUCCAGCAAGUGAUAUCAUUGGAGCUCAGAAUUAUGGAUGGGAUAGUUGUUUAGUCAAAACAGGUGUUUACCGUGAAAGUGAUGAGUUAACCUAUUGUAAACCAACAAUGAUUGUAGAUGAUGUUUUCCAUGCAGUUACAAAAGUCUUGGAAGAAAAUUUAUAG